AUGCAGGAUAAUUGUCUGAGAGAAAACUUUAAUGCUAUGAUUGCUGGACAUGCAGAACUGCCGCCAAUUCAGAAAAUUGUUGAGGAUCUUAUGAGGGAGCCUCCAUUUUUUCUCGUUACUUUGGAUAUUCCUGGCAAGAAGUAUCGAACAGUACGUACAUUCGGAAUGGACAUAAAAGCCAACAGACCAAAAGCGCGGUUCUAUGAGAGGCAUUUGAAUGAUGAUGGUAAAUGGGUAGGGCUAGGUGCGAUAAGUGACCCGUACGUGUGAUGCUGAUGACUAGAUAAUUACAAAUCUCCCUAUUAUUAUUAAUAAGUUAAAUAUCUAGUUGACCCUCCUGUUAUAUA